GAGCCCUCCGGAGAGGAGGCGGGAGAGCGGGAGCAGCAGCGGCCGCGAAGGCGGGUUGGGGAGCAACCCCGAAGGGAGGCGGUGCUUUGGGGAGCCCCUUCCUUCCCUCCCCCUCCCUCUCCCUCUCCCCUUCUCCUCCUGGGACCCCCUCGGGGGGGGGGCGAGCGGAGGGCAUGAGCCUGGGCUCCCUUGACCAGCAGCACCAGCCACCGCCUCCUCCUCCUCCGCUGCCGCCGCCAUGAAGAGGAAGACCUCGGCGGGGGCAGGGGUCGGGGCAGCCGGGGCCAGGAGGCACUCGGCUCCGGCCACCCUGCCAGCCACCCCCCCGCCGGCCCCCAAGAAGACGCGGAGCUCCCUCUCGGGGCUGGCCGAGGCCGGCGAGGAGGGCGGGCAGCAGGAGCUGGGGCCCAGGCCCCUCCGGAGAGAAGUCUGCCUCCAGGUCACCGAUCGUCUUUAUUUUGCCAUUCUGUUCCAUAAACCAAAGAGUGGUAGUGCAAGCGCACACUAUUUCUGCAUAGAUGAUGAAUUGGUAUAUGAGAACUUCUAUGCAGAUUUUGGGCCACUGAAUCUGGCAAUGAUUUACAGAUACUGUUGCAAGCUAAAUAAAAAGUUGAAGUCCUUUACCAUGUUAAGGAAGAAGAUUGUUCAUUAUGCUGGUUUUGAUCAGAAAAAACAAGCCAAUGCAGCCUUCCUUAUAGGCUGUUACUGUAUAAUAUAUCUGAGAGAGUCUCCAGAAACUGUGUACAGGAACUUAUUAUCGGGAAAUGUGUCAUAUCUUCCUUUCAGGGAUGCUGCCUUUGGUACCUGCAGUUUUAAUCUAACACUGCUUGACUGCUUCCACGCAAUAAAUAAGGCAUUGCAGUAUGGCUUCCUUGAUUUCAAUACAUUUGAUGUAGAUGAAUAUGAACAUUAUGAGAGAGCAGAAAAUGGAGACUUCAAUUGGAUAAUACCAAAAAAAUUCCUUGCCUUCAGUGGACCUCAUUCAAGAAGCAGAACUGAAAAUGGUUAUCCGCAUCACGCUCCUGAAGCUUAUUUUCCCUACUUCAGAAAACAUAAUAUUACCACUGUAAUCCGCCUAAAUAAGAGAGUCUAUGAUGCAAAAAGGUUUAGAGAUGGAGGCUUUGAACACUAUGAUCUCUUUUUUGCUGAUGGAAGUAUUCCUAGUGAUACCAUCGUCCAAAUGUUCCUAAAUAUUUGUGAAAAUGUUGAAGGUGCUAUAGCAGUUCACUGCAAAGCUGGACUUGGCAGAACUGGCACCCUGAUAGCCUGCUAUAUGAUGAAGCAUUACAGAAUGACUGCUGCUGAAUGUAUUGCCUGGAUUAGGAUUUGUAGACCUGGCUCUGUGAUUGGAUCACAGCAGCACUUCUUAUUAGAGAAACAAUCUGAACUUUGGUUGGAAGGUGAUAUUUACCGUGAAAAGUUAAAGAAAACCCCCAGCAUUACUGUUACAAAACUUCUUUCAGGAGUAGAUGACAUUUCGAUUAAUGAUUCGAUUAAUGAUUCGAUUAAUGAUUCCAAAAAUCAGAACAUCAGCAGUAAAGAUUCUGAACCGUACAGUGAUGAAGAAGACACAAGCACAGUUACACAAGGAGAUAAGCUUCGUGUUCUGAAAAGUAAAAGGAAAACAAAAUCAAACACAGUUCCACUAACAGUAAUUCUGCAAUCCAGUGUUCAGAAAAGUAAACCGUCUGAACCUAGCCUUUCUGACAAUGCAGGCCAUACUAAAAGAACCACCAGGUCUACUGCCAGAAAAAGCAGUUUCAAAAGUCUGAUGCCUCAGAGAGAAAGAAGGAAAAGGGAUACUUUACAACAAAUACAUUUAUGCAGCGCCCCUGUCCCAAGAACCAGAUCUGUGUUGCGCUGAACAAUUGGAACUGAAGACAGAGAGGAACAAAGGGACAUUGCUCUCAAUUAAAAAAAACAGAGAGAAACUUUUAAAAAUGUGGUCUCUUUUAACUUUUACCUGAAAUUUUAAAAAGUUAUAGAGAAGCUUGUGCAAGAACCCAAAGUUAUUGUGUCCAUAUUAUGGAAGCAUUAACAGAUGUAAAUGUGACAACGGCCUGUAAAUUUUAGCCUGGAGUCUAAAUAACUCAUUUAUUAACAAAAGCUUUCCUUUUUCUGUCUGAUACUAAUGUACAAAAUGUGAUGGCAAUCAGCUCUCUCCUGCUCACUGCUGUAUCACUGGGGCUUGGGGGGCAGGUUAGCUGUAAGGCUUUCUAUGCCUGGUAACUUUUCCCAUAAAAUGGAGUGGGACGAACUGGGAAGAUGCUCCCUGUUUUUGUUCAUAGCAUCAUAAUUCCUUAAAUCGUUUGUCCUUAUAUUUUUUUUAAGGAUUUUUAUCAUUUGCAGCUGUUUUCUAAAUCCACCAAAGAAUUCUCUAUUUACAGUACAUGGUUUCCUCUUCUUGUUUUUACACCACUGCUGAAAAUGUAACUUUUUUGCAUUUGCAAAAAUACCUGAGUGUACACUGUAUUUUAAUGUCACCCUUGAAGUAGGCUCUCUUGUGCAGAUAUGUGUGAAUAAAGAGGUAUCUGCAAACCUUCAGCAAAUUUGGAUAAAAUGCAGUAAUUAAGCAGACUUUUUAAUAAAUGUGUUAUGUGUGCAUAUUUACAAGUACAAAUACCCAUCUACACAGUGCCUCAUAAAAGGAAUCUGAGGAUAGUGGGGCAACUCUCCACUAAAACCUUUAAGAAUUGAAAAGAGGUGGAAUGUUCAUCAUCAGUUCUAUUAUCAAGCAUCAUUCCUGACAGUGACCUUUACAGGGUUCUGAAAAAAUACUACAGCUACAACAAAACCCACCUUUCCUAGCCCUCCCUGGAGAUUGGACCUCUGCCUUCUUAUAUACAUCUGUAUGGGAUUCCUAUUGAACUAUGAUUUGGCAUUGCUGUAGUAUCCCUUUUUUCAUUCCAGUUUUGGGAU